UCAUCAACCUCAUACACAACCACACAUCAUGGGUCGAGUUCGUACUAAGACUACCAAGCGCGCUGCUCGCGUCCUGAUCGAGAAGUACUACCCUCGUCUCAACCCGGUCGACUUUCACACCAACAAGAAGGUCAUCGAUGAGGUCGCCAUCAUCCCUUCCAAGCGUCUCCGCAACAAGAUUGCCGGUUUCACCACCCACCUGAUGAAGCGAAUCCAGAAGGGACCCGUCCGUGGUAUCUCCUUCAAGCUGCAGGAGGAGGAGCGUGAGCGCAAGGACCAAUACGUUCCCGAGGUCUCUGCUCUGGACACCUCUGUCAACCCUCUCGAGGUGGACGUCGAGACCAAGGAGAUGCUCCGUGGCCUUGGCUUCGACUCGAUCCCCGUCACCGUUACUGCUGUCACCAACAACAACGCUGACACUGGUCGUCCCCCUCGAAGGAACGUUCCCGGUGCCCGACGUUAAGCGAUGCAAUUCGCUUCUCUCUCGGUCUCUGUUAGCGUUUCUCAUCCGGCUGCGAAGCACCAGAUUGUGGUUGCGAUAAGAGAUGCAAGGUGACCAUACCUGUGCCGCCUUCUGCGCUUCUACUCUUCUGAUCUAGUCUUCAGUGUAAUGUACUCUUUCCACUAUCAUCAUCCUGUCUCGUCGCAUGCCGUCAUCUCGCACCCUGUGCCAUGCUGCGCAGAUUUCCACACACACAAAAACAUCAAAAGCAAUGAGAUUGUUUUGAAAGCCCA